AUGGAUCCAUUGAAGUACUUCUUUAAGAUGCCCGCCUUGAGUGGAAGACUAUCAAGAUGGUUGAUCCUACUAACGGAAUUCAAUUUGAAGUAUGUGGCAAGGAAGACUAUCAAAGGGAGUAUUGUAUCAGAUUUUUGUGCCAAGAACCCCUUGGAAGGAGAGGAUGGUAGGGACGAUUUUCCGGAUGAGGAUAUUUUGGACAUUGAGCUAGAGGCAUGGAAGAUGUAUUUCGAUGGAGCCAUGAACCAAUAUGGAAAUGGGAUAGGAGUACAGUUGAUCACUCCCGAAGGAUCUCACAUACCCUUGGCAAUUAAGUUGAACUUUGAGACAACCAAUAACAUGGCAGAAUAUGAGGCUUGUAUCGCCGGAAUGGAAGCUCUCCAAGAAUUUGGAGUAAAAGAGGUCGAGGAAGAGCACUUAAAGCCCUAUCAGCAAUAUUUAGAGGAUUUGACCAAAACCUUCGACAAGAUUGAAUAUACAGUCAUCCCUAGAGCUCAAAAUCAGUUUGUAGAUGCCUUGGCUACUUUAGCUUCCAUGGUUGAAAUACCUGAAGGAGUAUGGACACGACCCUUAGAAAUUGAAAAAAGUUAUGGGAUGGUACACAAAGAGGAAAGGAUUCCUUGGUACUAUGACAUCAUGAAAUUCAUGGAAUCAAGGGUAUAUCCAAACAGUACCGACAAGAGAAAGUGCCAUUCGAUUAGGAUGAUGGCAAUGCAAUACAUCUUAUACGGAGGUCAGCUCUACAAGAGAUCCUAUGAUGGUAUAUAUCUUCGUUGUCUAAAGAAAGAAGAAGCCGAGAAGGUCAUAGAAGAAAUCCAUCAAGGGAUUUAUGGUCCUCACAUGAAUGGGAGAAUGUUAGCCAAGAAGAUCUUAAGGAUAGGGUACUAUUGGAACACGAUGAAGAUCAAUUGUGUAGACUUUGUGAAGAGUUGCCACGAUUGCCAAACACAUGCGAAUUUGAAUCACGUGCCACCUAGUGAGCUAUACAGCGUGAUCUCUCCAUGGCCUUUCUUAGUCUAG